UUGUUCCCAACGGUGCGGCGCCUGGUGCUGAAAAAUGUUCAAUAGACGUUUGUUGAACGAUGAAUACGGUUAGAAGUUAGUCAAGGUUGUUAGGGCUUCGCCUUCUGCGCGGAGCUCCGUGCCAUUCUAAGUUUCCUUAGCUUCCCCCGACGACCCCGGUUAGCGCAGGGACUAAAGGGUUUUGUGUGGACUGGGCUGCCACCGCUGUAGCUGCCCCACCACCCAAGUCCUCCAGUGGGAGUGACUUAAGAAUAAGGCGUUUGUGAGCAAUUUACUCCUCUGCCAAGUAAUAAGUUUUUUACAAAAUGCAGCCUAGUUCCUGUGACACUUUUGUGGCGUUGCCUCCAGCAACAGUUGGUAACAGGAUUAUUUUUGGAAAAAAUUCAGAUAGACUCUGUGAUGAAGUGCAAGAAGUAAUUUAUUUUCCUGCUGCAGUUCAUAACCUUGGAGAACAUCUUAAGUGCACUUAUAUAGAAAUUGAUCAAGUCCCUGAAACAUAUGCUGUUGUCCUUAGUCGUCCAGCUUGGUUGUGGGGGGCAGAAAUGGGGGCCAAUGAGCAUGGAGUUUGCAUUGGGAAUGAAGCUGUAUGGGGAAGAGAAGCAGUUUGUGAUGAAGAAGCACUACUGGGCAUGGACCUUGUCAGGCUUGGCCUUGAGAGAGCUGAUACAGCUGAAAAAGCCCUCAAUGUCAUUGUUGACUUAUUAGAGAAAUAUGGCCAGGGUGGAAAUUGUACAGAGGGUACAAUGGAAUUCAGCUAUCACAACAGUUUCCUGAUAGCUGAUAGGACUGAAGCCUGGAUUCUGGAGACUGCAGGGAGGUACUGGGCAGCAGAAAAAGUGCAAGAAGGAGUUCGUAAUAUUUCUAAUCAACUUUCUAUAACAACCAAAAUUAAUCGGGAGCAUCCAGACAUGAAAAACUAUGCUAAGCAGAAAAGCUGGUGGGAUGGUAAGAAGGAGUUUGAUUUUGCUGCAGUGUACUCUUAUCUUGACACAGCCAAGAUGAUGACUUCCUCAAGCAGGUACUGUGAAGGCUACAAGCUUCUGAAUCAACACAAAGGAAAUAUAACUUUUGAAACGAUGAUGGAGAUUCUCCGAGAUAAACGAAGUGGCAUUAAUAUGGAGGGUGAAUUCAUGACCACUGCAAGCAUGGUGUCUGUUUUACCUCAAGACCCCAGCCUUCCUUGUAUUCACUUCUUUACAGGAACGCCUGACCCUGACAGAUCUGUGUUUAAGCCUUUCAUAUUUGUGCCACAUAUUUCACAACUAUUGGAUACCAUUUCACCCACAUUUGAACUUGAAGAUCCAGUGAAAAAGAAGCCACACUUUAAGAGUAAGCCUGACAGAAGACACCCACUCUACCAAAAGCAUCAACAGGCAUUGGAAAUAAUAGACAAUAAUAAGGAAAAGGGCAAAACAUUGUUGGACAAUAUGAGGAAACUGGAGACAGAACUCUUCAAAGAGAUAGAAUCAAUUCUUGAAAACAAGCAUCUGGAUGUGGAUAAGAUUGUUAAUCUCUUUUCUCAAAGUACAAAAGAUGAAAUUAGAAUUUAUAAGUCAAAUAUUAGUUCUUAGUGAUCAUAAAAAUGGUGUGCAAUCUCCCUGGAAGCUAGACACUAUUACCUUAUAAACAUUAUAACCUAGUUGGACAGAUCUGAUUAUCCUUUAGUAGCUUUCAAGUAAUAUCUUGACUAUUACAAUUAUAAUUGAAAUAAUGAGGAAAAAACACUGGGAUUGAACACAUAUAUCGUGGGAUAGCCAGGUGUUAUGCCAGGUAAUACACUUGUGUCAUUUUGUUUUUAACCACAGUAACUUUUGUUUGGCAGAAUAAUUAAGUAUUCAAUUCUACAUAAAAUGUGAAACAUUACAGUGAUAAAUGAUUUAUAUUUAUUGUGAUCAUGUAGUACCUUCAAAUAAUUUUCUCAAUUAUACCAAGAAAGCAGAUUUUUCUUUAGUAAUGGAAGAUACCUCUAGCGGCAAGUUUUUGUUUAGUUCAGUUUUGAUUUGAUUUGGGCAAAUAUUGACCACUUCUAACAAGAAAAAUUUCUGGAUUUAUAUAUUAUGUCUUCAUCAUUAAAGUGGGUUAAUUCUGUACAUGCAAUUUUACUAAACUCAAACAGACUCCUUGUCAAGAUUUGGCUGACCAAAUAGCUUGUAGCUCUAAUUAUCAACAGGGCGGGUAGGGGCCCAUCCCUUUAAUGGGCUCUUAUGUUAAUAAGAUAUUUUUAGAAGAGCUUAUUUGGGAGAUUAGGGAAUGGGAUAAGAAAACCAAGACCUUAGGAGAUAAUGGUUUUUCGUGUCUCGAUUCUCUCUCUCCUUUUACUUCUAUUCAGUUGGUAAAAACAGAAACAAAAAUGAGGUAGUGGCAAUGAAGUAGAAUUAUUAUAUAAACAUAACAUCACAAAAAUUAUAAUGCAUUGUAUAUUAUGAACAUUGUAAAUGAGUAUUAUCUUCCCAAGUUUUACAAAUCUUUGUUAAAGUUUCAUAAAUUUUACCAAGUAAGACAAAAUUGUAGAAAUAAGUAAAAAAAAUCUAAUUAAAAAUACA